AUUGAAAACCGGGGAGUUUUGAUUUUGUGGCCUUAAAGAUGAAGGUCGUUCUCCAUAACAUUCUGUUCUGAUGGAAGCUAUAGAUGAAUCAAGAUUGCCAUUGGAAAUCAGAACGAAGCUAGCAGAACUCGCGAUCGAACUUUCUGAAGGUGACAUAACCGAGAAAGGAUACCAGAAGAAGAAACAGAAGCUGUUAGCUCCAUUUAUUAGCGGUGCUGGCACCUCAAUAAACCCACCUAAUAGCUCACAUAUUCCCUGUGGUGGUAUUUUCCUACCUGGACUUAGUGAGAUUUCUCAUAAUAUAGCUUCACGUGCUCCUACUGGUGGUUGUGGUGAUGUCACAGAGUCUUUCAUAAACGAGACUCACAAUAAUUCACCUAUUAAUGCUCAAAACCGCAGAUAUAUACGUGAAAAUCAUAGAUAUCGUUCUGAUAUCCGAGAAGAAGCUGUGAAGGAGGCGCUUGUACACGCUCGACAAGAACGUCAUGAUGCUUUAGCACCUAGUAAACGAUCUGACCCCAACCGGUUAUCAUACUUGAAUCAGCCUCGUGAACGUGAUGUUCCAGGUUCUGAUGAUUCUGAUGAAGAUAUGUCAUCGACGUCUUCUGCACAUAUUGCACAUUUAGGAAACAAUCAAUCAUCUGCUGUGAAUGAAGGGCCAAUUUCUAGUAUAUCAGCUAAUGGUGUAUCUGAAAGGAGUCAAGUUCGAACAACUGCUGUUGCUCAACAACUUGCAUCUGGUCAUCUCGAUGUAAUGAACAGACGUAAACAACAGUCCUCAUCUACUGAUCGUUACGAUGAGGUGCCUUCUUUGGAUGAAAUUAGAUCAGCUCAACCGCCAAUUCGAUCAUCAAACAGAACGAAUCAUUCAGACGCAAACAGUCCUUGGAUUCACACGAAUCAAUCUGUUCAACAUCAAAACGGUAAUAUGGACGGAGAAAUUAAAACUGCUGAUUCAUUUGAGCAGCUAGCUGCCUUAGCCGAAGCUCAGUUAACUUCUAAUAAUCUAGCCAUAUCUGGUGAUCCUAAUCCAUCGAUCAAUACACUUUUUCACCAAUCUCAAACAAUAUCUACAGCUUCUCAACCUCAACCUCCGGUUAGUUCACAUCUAAUGUCCGUAACUCAGAAUGGUCAGAAAUCUCGUAUCUUUGGAGGUGUUAGUGUUCUACCUAGUUUAACCAGCAAUGCAAUAUCUUACGGUAAUUCAUUAUGUGCACAUCCCGAUUUCAUUCCUUCAUCGUCAUCCUAUGAUCUUCAACAGACCCAACAAGAACAGUUUUCGCAAUCAAAUCUCCCAGUUUCACUAGCAUCGUCUUCAUCGCUAAAUCUAGAUAACAGUAAUGAUAGAAAGUUUUCAUCACCAGGAGCAGUGGGACCAUUCGAGCAAGAUGCUUCUGCGGAUGGUGGUCAAACUACGGGACUUGUGUGCCAUAAUCGUGUAUCAGAAAAAAUCCAGAAGUUAGUCAACACUUUGAAACGCCCGAAGAGAUAUCCGUUGCCGGAAUAUUUCCUAGACGAUGAAGACCAAGUACUUGUAAGACCUGUGGUUGAUCCAACAGCACCACGUCCUAGGGGUCUUCCAUCUGAGCCAUUGAUUGGUGAAGAAUUAGUAAUACCUUCUGGUUUACCACGGAACUUAGAGUCAGCACUUCAGCGUUAUGCUAGUUUGAGCUGUAAAACACCAGCUUUAACUUGUUUGGACGUAUCUGGAAGGCCUACUCAAGUGUUAACUUAUGCGAAAUUACUUCAGCGGGCUAUCCGAAUCGCUUAUACACUGUUAAAUAAAUUAGGUCAUCGUGGAGAACAAAGUUUAAAACCUGGGGAUCGUGUUGCUUUGGUAUACGCGAACAACGAGCCAAUCAGUUUUUUAUGUGCAUUUUAUGGAUGUAUUUUGGCAAGCGUAAUACCUAUAGCUAUAGAAGUGCCAUCAGCACGUCGAGAUGCUUCAUGUCAGAGUAUGGGAUUCCUACUGGGUAGCCAGGAUGCGCGUGUAGUAUUGGCUAGUGAACAGUGUUACAAAGCUUUACAACGUGGUCCAAAUGGUGAUAUAUUGCCAUUUCCUGGUUGGCCUCGCGUUACAUGGAUUAAUACAGAUCACCAUGCUAGUGGAACAAAGCCACCAAAGGACUGGACUCCACCUGAUCGAUUAGCGAAUGAUUCAACUAUGUACUUGGAAUAUACAUUUAGUAAGGAUGGCAGUGUACAUGGUGUCAUGAUAAGUCGACGUGCAGCUCUUUCUCACUGUAGAGCAUUGACUGUUGCUUGUAAUUAUUCGGAAGAGGAUGUUGUUGUCUGUGUCGUGGAUUGUCGACGACAAACAGGUUUAUGGCAUGCUGUUUUAACGAGUGUCUUCAAUGGACUACACGUAAUUUUUGUGCCGUAUUCAGUCAUGCAGAUAGAUCCGGGCUCUUGGUUACGCAUGGUUACUAAAUAUCGAGCCACGGUUGCUGUUGUAAAAAGUCGUGAUAUGCAUUGGGCAUUGUUAGCUGAACGUGAUCAUCCGAAUGUCAAUUUAUCUUCACUGCGCAUGCUUUUAGUUGCAGAUGGUUCAAAUCCAUGGUCUCUGAACUCAUGUGAUUCCUUCGUACAGAAAUUUCGAUCACGUGGAUUUUGUCCCGAAGCGAUAUGUCCUUCUGCUGGGAGUUCAGAAACUUUGACACUAUGUUUACGUCGUCCACCUCAUCAAACUAGUUCAGCGAUGAAUUCAGUAAAUGGAAAGAUGUGCACAAACUCACUUUCUGAUUCACUGUCAUCCUCCGCACCUAGUUCAGUAAGAGGAGUUAUAUCUAUUCAUAGUCUUACCUAUGGUGUUGUACGUGUCGAUACUGAGGACUCCUUAACUUCACUUACUUUACAAGAUUGCGGACAAGUUCUUCCAGGAGCCUCAGCCGUCGUCAUACGAUUGGGUCCCAAGCCAGUACUUUGUCAAACAGAUGAAGUUGGUGAGAUAUGCUUAUCUGCGGAUUAUACAGGUUCUGGAUAUUGGGGUCUACGUGGGCAGACUGAUGCACACUUUUACGUGGAGCCUAUACAUGAAGAUGGCACUUCUGUGUGCUCCUCUACUGGUGUUAAAAAAUAUACACGAUCUGGGUUCAUUGGAUUUCCUGGCCCAGCAUCUUCUGGUGGACUCAUAUUUAUCUCCGGUUGUAUUGAUGGUCUAAUGACGAUUGCCAGUAGACGUCAUAAUGCUGAUGAUAUCAUUGCAACGGUUCUUGCUGUUCAACCGACAAAAAUUAUAUACAGAGGACGAAUUGCAGUUUUCUCGGUGGAUCUGUUGAAAGAUGAACGUCUAGUCAUUGUAGCCGAGCUAAGGCAAGGUUAUUCAGAUGAAGCUGCAUUCACAUGGAUGUCUCUUGUACUCCAAGCCGUUGACAGUAUUCACCAAGUCAGUGUUUAUUGUUUAGCUCUAGUGCAUCAAAAUACACUACCAAAGACCCCUUUUGGUGGGAUAAAUUGUCAUUCUGUAAAAAAACUCUUCUCUGAAGGUCAUCUACAUCCUACAGCAUUACUGCUCUGUCCUCAUUCUGCUAUACAAAACUUACCUCAGCCUCGACAGCUAAGGCCUAGUUUGGUUGGACCUUCCGCUAUGAUGGUCGGUCAGGUUGUUCAAGGAGUGCGUCUUGCUGAGGCACGCGGUCGACCUAUAGGUCCAUCUCCAUCUUCUAACUCAACAUCAACGGCUCCUGAAAAUGGUUUUGAGCUGUUAACUGAGAUUCUUAUUCACAGAGCAAAUCACACUCCAGAUGACAGAUUAUUUACAGUGUAUAAUAUCAAGGGGCAAGAAGCUUCAACACUCACCUGUAUCCAACUUCUACGUCGUUCAGAAAAACUGGCAACUCAGUUAAAGGAAAAAGGGAAAGCUCAAGUUGGUACGAUUGUAGCAUUGCUUUAUCCCCCAGGUACUGAGCUUAUUUGUGCAUUUUAUGCAUGUCUUCUUAUUGGUGCAAUUCCUGUACCUGUUCGUCCACCUCGAAUAGACUCUUCUCCUAGUACACCUGGUGCUGGUACAAGUGGCUCUAGUCCGAUUGGAUUAUUAUCUGGACCACCUGGUUCUGGGUCAACAUCCGGUCUAAGUUUAUUAGGUUUGGGAAGUUCAAGUCCUGGAGGUUGCAAUGGAAGUUCGGCUGUUGGCGGCAGUGCUGGACAACUCUCUUCUGGUACUGGGAGCUUUCCUAAUGUUUACUUUCGUCCGAAUGCUCCCAGUUUAGAUGCUUCUUUAGAUUUAGUUUGGAAUGUAGUCAAGCAUUCGGGAGCCUCAGUUAUUUUCACACAAACAAAUCUAAUCAAAUUAUUGAAAUCUAAGGAGGCUGUCAAUCGUAUUCCAUUUAAUCACUGGCCAACAAUACUUGAUUCUGAAGAAUACAAUCGUCGGAAACCUGCUGCUUCUAUCCAGUCACCUUGUUUAGAUCAACCAGUUGCCUAUUUAGACUUUGCUGCGUCAACAACAGGUACACUAACUGGAAUCCGUGUAACUCAUCAAGUUGUAUAUGCUUUGUGUCGAGCUCAAAAAAUGCAAUGUGAAUUUUAUCCAACACGUGAAGUUGUACUUAGUCUUGAUCCUUACUCUGGUCUUGGCUUUACUCUAUGGGCAUUAACAUCUGUAUACUGUGGGCAUCAUUCAGUUUUGAUACCACCAAGUGUAACCGAAGUUGUACCUGAUUUAUGGCUUACUAUUUGCAGUCAAAGAAAAGUUCGUGAUGCAUUCUGUUCUCAUUAUACUAUGGAACUGGCUACUCGUUACCUUGCUAAACAGAUGUCUGUCUUAAAGCAGCGUGAAAUCAGUCUAUCAAGCAUUCGUAGUUUAGUUGUUGUAGCCGAAGAACGACCUCGAGUUCAUCUCACUGCUACAUUUACCAAGUUGUUUGCCGGUUUAGGAUUAAUAGGACGUGCUGUAAGCACGUCAUUUGGUUGUCGGGUGAAUUUGGCUAUUUCUUUACAAGGUGCUAGUUCACCGGAAAGUACAACUGUCUACGUGGAUCGUGUCAGUUUACGAAAUGAUCGUGUCAAGUUACUUGAGAAGGGAUCACCGCAUAGUCUGUGUCUUAUGGAGUCUGGGAAAUUGUUACCUGGUGUACAUGUAGCGAUUGCUAAUCCUGAUACACUUGGUCAAUGUGCCGAUUCACAAUUAGGUGAAAUAUGGGUAUCAUCUCCACAUAAUUCUACUGAACUGUUGGGUCCAUUUGACAGUGCUAGUUUAAAUCGACCCAAUGGUACUGCUUCACAACCGAUACCAGGAGCAAAUGCUACUGAUUCCUUACAUGCUCGUUUAGUUACUGGUGAUACGGAAAGAAUUUAUGCCCGUACUGGAUUUCUAGGCUUUGUUCGUCGGACUGAAUUAACUCAAUCAGACGGAGAACUACAUGACGCAAUCUUUGUGGUCGGUAGUCUAGAAGAAACUAUUCUUCUACGUGGGAUGCGUUUUCAUCCAAUCGAUAUUGAAAACACUGUGAUGCGUUCACAUAAGAAAAUAUGUGAAUGCGCUGUAUUCAGUUGGUCGAACCUGUUGGUUGUAGUUGCAGAGUUGGCUGGGGAAGAAAAUGAAGCAAUGGAUCUUGUUCAUCCUAUUACAGCUCAUGUAUUAACUGAACAUCAAAUGAUUGUCGGUGUGGUUGUGGUUGUUGAUCCUCGAACAGUGCCAAUCAAUCCAAUGGGAGAGAAACAGCGAAUUCUUUUAAGAGAUAGCUUUGUCAAUGAUAAACUUGAUCCCAUCUAUGUUUCGUAUAAUAUGUAAAUUAUAAAAGCAAACAUCUUUUUCGCACGAAUGUGCAUGUGUUUAUAUGGCAAUAUUUGUUUGUUUUUCCUUGUGAAGCCCUUUUGAUCUUUUUUUUAAUAUUUCUGUAGCAAUCGGUUCUACAGUCAUUUCGAUGACAGUAUCACUUUCAUCCACUCACCAUUUAUCAUUCAUGACCUUAAAGUUACUAGGAAAUUUAAAAAUCUCCGUCUUUAUCCUCCUUAUUUUGCUAUCUCUCUCUCUUGAACUAGGCGAUCUCUCUAAUGAAACACUUCGCUGCUUAACUGAAGAAAAAUUGCCUUGUUUUUCCCGAUUCCAUUAACAUCUUUUAGGAUUAUUUACUAAUAUUCCAAUCACUUUCUUUGUUUGAUUUAUGUUUGCUUGGUUUUUUUCAGAUCAUAAUCACUUUAUACUUUCAGUAGAUCUAUUAGUCUGAUGAUAAACGCUUAUACAUUUAUACAGAAAUCAAUAUGCUUUUUUCUAAACAACCUGUUCAAUUAGCCUUAUCAACUCAUUUCUCGUAAUCUGCUUUAUUUGGAUCUUUUUUCACAUGUGUGAAUAAGUUGUGUGAAUUCUUCAGUCAAUUCAAUUCUAACACAAGCAUUUUCAUUGUGUAUAAAAAAUGUAUGGAGUUAUAUACAAUGCGCCCCUCCUACGCAAAUUCUCUUAAUUUCUCACUCUUUUCUGUAUUGAAUUCUCUAUGUGUAUAUUUCGGUAACCGGUGGUUUCGAGUGAGUGGUUUUGUCUCUUUUUGCUUUUAGAUAAUCUUAUUCUCUCCUUUCUAUCCUAUUCACAGAUGGUACCUGUCUCGCCUUCACACCGACCCUUUCUAGGCUCUUUUUCUCUAUACAUACAUCAUUAUUAUUUGUCUCUUGGGUUCGUAGUGGGACAUACCUGAAUAGAUAAAAAUCACUUUUGAUUAGGUAGACCACGCGCAGCCACU